ACACUGAUAUCAUCUUCCCAUCACGCAUUGCUUCACCAUAUACCCACUCCUUUCACCCCAUCACUCCUGCACCAAAGCUUAUAAUCUCAUUGUAGAGAAAGAGCUUCUGCAUUUCCAUGGAGACUGUUUCCAUUUUAUUAUACAUAUUUCUCUUCCUCUCCACUCUUCUCUCCUAUCCAUUCAUAAGGAGGAAGCAAAAGGGAGGACUUGUAAAAAGAUCAGCAGCUUAUAAACUUCCUCCCGGUUCAAUGGGUUGGCCAUGCAUAGGAGAGACUCUCCAGCUUUACUCUCAAGACCCAAAUAUCUUUUUUGCAACAAAACAGAAUAGAUAUGGAGAUAUAUUCAAAACCCACGUACUGGGUUGUCCCUGUGUUAUGUUGACUAGUCCUGAGGCUGCAAGGUUUGUGUUAGUGACUCAUGGUCAUCUCUUCAAGCCAACAUAUCCCAGAAGCAAAGAGAAGUUGAUCGGCUCUUCUGCACUGUUUUUUCACCAAGGCAACUACCACACUUGCCUGAGGAAACUGAUUCUUAGCUCCUUAUCCCCAGACAGCAUCCGGAAGCUGAUUCCAGAUAUUGAAGCCAUAGCCAUGUCUGCCUUGGAGUCAUGGUCUCGCACACAAGUCACAAACACAUUUGAUGAGACGAAGAAGUUUUCUUUCAAUGUUGGUAUUCUAUCUAUCUUUGGUCACUUGGAUAUCAGCUAUAGAGAGAAGCUGGAGGAGAAUUACUCCAUAGUAGAUAAAGGCUACAAUUCUUUUCCAACAAUCAUUCCAGGCACUGCAUACCAGAAAGCACUCGUAGCAAGGAAAAGGCUAAAUCGGAUCCUGAGUGAGAUAAUUUGUGAGAGGAAGGAGACAAGGCUGGUGGAGAAAAAUCUCUUGGGUCAUCUAUUGAAUUUAAAGGGUGAAAGGGGGCAAACUUUAACAGAAGAUCAAAUUGUUGAUAACAUCAUUGGAGUACUAUUCGCUGCUCAGGACACAACAGCUAGUGCUCUAACCUGGAUACUGAAAUACCUCUACGACAAUCCGCGUGUUCUAGAAGCUGUUAAGGCUGAGCAAAAUGCAAUCUAUGAAGCAAAUGAUGGAGGAAAAAUGCCCCUAACAUGGGCACAGACUAGGAAUAUGCCCCUUACAUAUAGGGUUGUACUGGAGACCUUAAGGAUGGCAAGCAUCAUAUCUUUCACAUUCAGAGAAGCAACAGUUGAUGUGGAAUACAAUGGAUACCUUAUACCAAAGGGUUGGAAAGUGAUGCCACUUUUCAGGAAUAUCCAUCACAAUCCAGAAUUCUUCCCUGAUCCUCAGAGUUUUGAUCCUUCCAGGUUUGAGGUAGCCCCGAAACCACAUACCUUCAUGCCAUUUGGCAAGGGCGUCCAUGCUUGCCCUGGCAAUGAACUUGCCAAGAUACAGAUGCUCAUUUUGAUCCACCAUCUAGUAACCAAAUUCAGGUGGGAAGUGGUGGGUUCUCAAAGUGGGAUUCAGUAUGGCCCAUUCCCAGUUCCUCGACAAGGACUACCCACUAGAUUUCAGAAAUUAUCCAGCACCACUGCCCUACAAGAUGUUACGCUUAACUGAAAGAUGCCUUUAAUCACGUUAAAAAUGCUCCGUAAUCGGAGCCUACCCCUUUUUUUACCUCUCAUGGUUCUAUGAAAUCUGUAUCUCAAUUGUCAUCAUGAUUUAAUUUUUGGAUCUAGUAAGUGUGACUUUCAUUAGAGUAUGUAGCUAUAACCAUUAAAAAUGAAAAAAAAAAAGUAUU